CCGGCGCCGCGGGGCUGUCUGGCAGCCGCUCCGCCCAGGGGCGGGACGAGGCGGAGGAGGAAGAGGAGCCGCGGGUGCCAGAGGGAAGGAUGGGGGGUUCGGGUAGCCGCCUGCCCCGCGACCUGCUGGGCGAAUACCAGGAGCUGACCUUCCUGAGCAAGCAGGAGAUCCUGCUCGCCCACAAGCGCUUCUGCCAGCUGCUGCCCCGGGAGGCGCGCGGCCAGGCCCUGCAGACGCGCGUGCCCGAGAGCCGCCUCCUGACGCUGCCCGAGCUGCGGGCGAACCCCUUCCGCACCAGGAUGUGCCGCAUCUUCUCCACGGCGGAGGCCGGCGAGGAGGCGCUCUCCUUCGAGGACUUCCUGGACCUGCUGAGCGUCUUCAGCGACUCGGCCACCCCCGAAAUCAAGUCGCAUUACGCCUUCCGCCUCUUCGAUUUCGAUGAUGACGGCACUCUCGAUAAGAAGGAUUUGGAGAAAUUGGUGAACUCCCUGACGGGAGAAGGAGAAGACAGCAGGCUGAGCUUGUUGGAGAUGGAGCAGCUCAUUCAGAAUAUCUUAGAGGAAUCAGAUAUUGACAAAGAUGGGACCAUCAACCUCUCCGAGUUCCAGCAUAUAAUUUCCCGCUCUCCAGACUUCACCAGCUCCUUCAAGAUUGUGCUCUGAUUCUUUUCUUCCACAACUUGCUAGAAGAUUCCACAUCUCAGAAAAAGGCUCAUUUUCUCACAGCAACAGGAAUCUAAACCUUGACCCCAUCUAGCUCUUGGAGCCACUGGCCUUGCAGUCAUCUCCACCAGCUGGUGUUUCUAUAGGGAGAGCUGGGUGGGGCAAGGGCACUGGGAGCUGUGGCUGGUUUUCUUUGCUUCUGCCUCUGUCUCACCUGGCGGUUCUGUGCGAUGGCUUGGGGUGGCUGCUGUAGGAGAUCAAAAUUCAAGAGCAAAUUGUGGCAGGGCUUUGAUGUCUCCCCUGCUGCUUUCUGCCUUCUGGAGCAACAGAGACUUUUCCAGUUAAACCCUGCUGGACAUAUUGGAAGGUCUGAAUCGCUGCACCAUUUUUCUUGCUUUCUGAGUGAUGGGGAAGAGCACCAGCCAUCAGCCAGCCUCUGGAGUUCGAUAAACACAGUCGUGACAUGAUUUUGUCUGAUUUCUACACUUUACUAAAUAAAACUCAAUAAAUGGAA